UCCGUGUCUGACUCUAUGAUCGCCACACCGGAAGUGUGGGUAGUUUCACUUCGGCUUCGGAGGCGGGACUAUCGUCGGGGCCUCUCGCGCUGCGCCGCUUCCUUUUCCGGCCGAGUGGAGAGCGAGAGGAGCCGGGUCGCAGCCAUGUCUCUCGUGAUCCCAGAGAAGUUCCAGCACAUCCUGCGUGUCCUGAACACCAACAUCGAUGGGCGGCGCAAGAUCGCCUUCGCCAUCACCGCCAUCAAGGGGGUGGGCAGGCGCUACGCUCACGUGGUGUUGCGGAAAGCAGACAUCGACCUGACCAAGCGGGCUGGGGAGCUCACGGAGGAUGAG